CGGAGCCACCAACUGGUGGGUUCACACGGCCCUCGGGCCGUCCUAACAUUACCUCUAAACAACAACACAAAUUUUUCAUGGUCGCAUUGUUUACAUUUAUUCUCAUACAUUAAUCUCAUGAAGUUAGAAUGUCAGACGGGAAGACUAUCAGUCUCCUGGAGCUGGAUAGAAUGAGGAAGAAGCCCAGACAACUCACUCUACUGAAGAAAGUCGAAAUUCUGGACAAACUCAAAAACGGUGUGAAAAUUAGUCACCUGGCAAGGGAAUAUGAUGUGUCUACCCAGUCAAUUAGAACAAUGAAGAAGACUGAAGAAGCAAUUAGGUUAAGUGUUAGUGUGGGAGGUAGUCACCACCGCAAGAAGAUCACCAUGAUGCCUGUGAAGUCAGUCGAAAUUGCAGAACUAGAAUAUUUGGAGGCCAAGAAAGCUGUUGAAAACAGAAUUAAAGAGUUGGACGAGUUGAAGGCCAUAAGAGAUCAUGAAAACCAACAGGCAGGUUUUCCACCUGAAGAACCAAGAUUUAAAAAAGUUGAAGUAAUGAAAUUUAGAGGGAGACCAACAGCUACAAAAAAUACAACUAAAUUAACUGGCAAAACCCCAGUUUCUCACCCAAGCAGAACUUCCAGCCUCGAGUUUCCUGAGCUUCCUAGAGAAAACGGCGAAUCAAACAAUGAUGGUCUCAGAGGAAAGUGCAAGAGAAUGUGUCCGAAAUGCUCAGGUAUAGUUUCAGUGGGUAAAUACAAUUGUGACUGUGGUUAUAGUUUCAAGGAGGAAAAACAGAUGAAGAAACGAAAGAGAGAUUCCCACUUACUAGAAAUGGGCAGGAGAGCCAGUAAAAAUAGAAACCUCUGGCGGGCAUUUAAUGCUAUAGAGAAGCAGUUGUUUCAAGGUAUAAUUCAUCCUGGCAGUUCCACAUCCUGUUUACUGAGCAUCAAAAUACAAGCUGGAGGCUACAACUUUGUGUGCCUCUACUACAAAGAAUGUCCAACAAGAAACUUGAAGGGUAUUGUUGGGGGAGAGUGGAUCAAGAAAAAUGAUGUCGAUUUACUGUUGCAUUUAUUUUGUAAUGUAAUUAAAUCAUCAGACAAUGAGGAGGAACUACUACAACUACCACAAGAUAGGCACAGUGAGGAGCAGCUAGCAAAAAAUAAGCAACAAGCACAAAUACCACAAGUGACAGAUACACAGGAAAGUCAAAAACAAGAAACACAACCAACAGUAACCCUUCAAAUGGGCUAAAGACAUGAUAAGUUAAAGUACUCUCAGUAAUACAAUACUGUUAUUAUUAUUAUUAUUAUUAUUGAAAAAGUGCCAAACCAGUAUAGAUCAUAUAUUGCAGCAGUAUUGUUAUAACAUCAUUCUAUAUUAGAGAGGGAGGUUUGGGUUUUGGAGCUAGGCAAGGAUUUCACAAAAAUUAUUGACCUGCAUAUUUAAAAUACUAACACUCCUUUUCAAGUCUAAAAUAAAUUUAUUUGUAGUAAUUAAUCCAAACUUGUCACUUGCAUGCCAGUAAAUAAAGUGAUUCAUUUA